AUGCCCUGGCUCACUGGGCUUCAGCCUAUCAAUGUGAAAUCUGCUACAGGCAGUUUCGAGCCCAAGGCGCUGCCCGCCAACACAUGUCUUCCUUCUCAUGGAUAUUGGAGACAUUUUACCCCGUGCGAAACAUGCAAUCUUCUUUUCUAUGAUGAGGCAUCUCUACAUAGACAUAUGACCGAUGAGAACCACUACGAGCGUUAUUGUGUACCGUGUGACCGAUUUUUCGUGAAUCCUACCGGACUACGUACGCACCUACACUCAAAGAAGCACCGCGGAAAGAACGUCCUUUACCCAAUUUGCAACGCUAAAUUCGCCACAGCUAGCAGCACAACCUACCAUAUUGCGAGUGGUUUUUGUCUCAAGGCACCACAUAUGAAUCAAGAGACGCUUUUCCAGGCCAUCAGGGCUUCUGAUUCACGAGGCUGGGUUAUCAAUGUCCCGAUCAAGAUCGAAUGUCAAAAUGCGCAACUGGAUGGAGCUAAUAAUGCCCGAAUCAAUCAUAAUUGGAAAUGCCAUAUCUGCCACGGCGAUUUCGAGACAGUCCAAUCUCUCGAGGAGCAUCUGGAUUCCCCGGCUCAUCGGCGUGAGUAUUAUCACUGCCCCAAUACUCUAUGCGGGAGACGUUUUCCCACGCUGUCUGGUCUAUUCUCACACCUGGAGAGUGGGUCGUGUGCGUUCAUGCGGGUUGAGAAUGUGUUGGACCUGCACCGAGUACUACUGAAUGAUGUUGCUAUGGGAGACCAUAUGGGCUUGACUUGCUUCAAGGCGCUUAGUUCAAAAUAUUAA